UUUUUUAUUCUAUUAUGGCAACAUAAAUACUCGUGUUAUAAUCGUAUUGGGAAAAUACUGUUUUUCAAGAAAAUAAAGCGAUUAUUUACUGUAAAUCGCAUUGUGGACAACAUAUUUUGUGCUCUUAAUAAGAAGGAUGAGUUUAAGGUUUCAAAAUUAUAAACACAGUGUUUCAAAUUGCUUUUGUUUUUGAUAUCGCGGUGCGGCGCGGUCGAAGUUGAGUUCAAAAUGGCGUCAAGCGUGCUGCGCUAGAAUGCGUCAUAAAUAGAAACGAUGCAUGUGUGUUAAAAUGGCUAAAAAUAGAGGACUUGCAUUGAGAUAGUUGCAUAAAUUUAUAUGCAAGAUGUCAAACACAGUGAUAACUAACUAUACGGAUCUUAAUGGACCUUCCACAAAAUCGGACAGUUCUGUUGUUGUUAUUGUAAACAAGGAUGGAUCUCUUUCAGUGGACCAGAGCUUAUUAGGAACUUUAAUGGGAACUGAUGGUGCCCAAGCAGCUGGAAUAAGUGUAGUGCGGGUUGGUCAUGAAGGCAGGCCAGAUGAUGCUACUGACUCUGAGACAGAAGAUGACAAAGUGCCCCAUGUAACACUGUCUGUGGACAGUUACUAUGAUGAACCAAACAGCAUUAUAAAAUAUGACAGUGGAGCAGAAAUGCUGCAGUCAUUAAGAAUUGAGACAAGAGAAAACAGUCUUGUUGGAUUUCAAAAUGACCACUGCUACACAACACUUACAUCACCAAGCCAGUCUUUACCAAAAAGCAGUGAUAGUUUCUCAGGAUAUGAUGAACCACAAAUUGAGAUAUCACAUACGCCACCUCCAAAACCAGUGCCCAGUUCCAAGAAGAUUACCAUAUUAGAGCAGCAAAUUAUUCCUAAGGGUAAAAAGAUUCUUUUAAAUCCAACUGAAGCCCCAAUAAUCUUAAAAGGUAAUGAUGUAUUGAACAAACCAUUGUCAGUGUUGUCAAAAGUUAAAAAGUCUGCUGAUUCAGAUAAAAGUUUGAAUAUUCAAAAGAAAUCUGAGGAAAGCAGUGAAUCAUCUUCUAUAAGCUCUUCAGGUGACAGCAUUCCAGAUAGAGACUCUGAUUCAGAUUAUAAAGAUAGUAGAGAUAGAAGUGGUUCUGUAAGAGUUAAAAAGAGCAAAAUAAAACCAAGAAUUUUAAAAUCAACUACUCCAAAAACAACUAGAGAACCUAAGAUUAUUUCUAGACUUAAAGCUAACAAAACUCUCUUAAAACGAGACAUUAAGGAAAAAGUGCAAUUAAAGAUUGCUUCAGAGAAAAAACAACAAGAUGUUGAUCUGGAAAGCCUUAUACCCACUUCUGAAAUAUCUAUUCCCACUUCUACACUUCCCACUGAUCUCAAAGCAAAUUCAAAACAGACACCAAAAGCAGUUAAAAGGGAGAAGAAGACACCUGCCCAUGUUACAGCUCUUUUAUCUGACAUGACUUCAUUGUUUUCUACACCUGAUGUUAUUAGGAGAGUCUCCACAGACAAUAAGGGACCUACAAGACCUGAAAAAGAAGUACCUCAAAAUGAAAAUAAAAAAGCAACUCCUAUCGCAAUUAAACAGGAUGGAAAUGAAGGAAAGAUAACAGAAAGCAAGCAAGUAGAAAGUAUAGAAAAACUUAAACUAUUGCAAACACAUAAAACAUAUGCCAAGCAAAAAGAUAAAAUUAUAAACCCUGCUGAAAAAGUCAAGGGCUUUGAACUUAUACCACAGCUGGAUGAUGCCAGUCUAGCUCAAAUUCUUCAAGAUGCAACCAGUGCAGCAAGUAACCCUGUUAAAGUUCAACCAAGUAUAACUACCAGUAAUACUAUGAACAGCCCUGGUUUGACUGGACCUCUGUCACCAACUUUGGACUUGCUUGGUGGAUUGCAACCAGAGGAAGAAGGGUUGACAGAAGACUUAUUAAUGCAUGUGGCACAAUUGGUGGAAAGUUCAGAGAACUUGCAGGAGGUUAUAGACAAACAAGUUUUGGGUAAAGUUGAUACUCCCAAAGCUCCAAUUCAAUCAGCAUUCCAGCAUGCUGCAGCAGCUGGUACUGCAUUUACCCAAGCUAAUCAAAAAGUGGUGAAAAAUAUUGCUGUCCGUAAAGAUCCAAUAGAGAUUGUGCGGAGAGAUGGAAGAGUCAUUACACUGCCGCCUAUAGAAGCACCAGCUACAAGAUCUUCUAAACGUAAGAGUCAAAUGGAGACAUCCAGCAAUGCAGAUACAAUAUCAACACCUGCUCCUGCACCAGUUCCUGUGCCUGUGGUCCUGGACCCUCCUGUUGUCUCUGUAUCUAAGCAAUUUAUGAAUAAGAAGAUAUCAACUAAGAAACAGGAACAAGUAGUUCAACAGCCACUACCACCCCCAGUUGUUGAUAAAACAUCUGCAGAAUCUCAAGAAAGCUGGAAUUCAGAAGAUGAUCCUUACAGGUUAUGGUGCAUUUGUAAACAGCCACACAACAACCGAUUUAUGAUAUGCUGUGAUAGCUGCGAAGACUGGUUUCAUGGAAAAUGUGUGAAUAUUACUAAGGCCAUGGGUCAGCAAAUGGAAGAGCAGGGUAUUGAAUGGAGAUGUCCAAAUUGUAUAAAGAAGACAAAACCACAAUCUAAGACACCUGCCAAAGUUUUAACACAAAAGAAGACUGAAGUAGAGGUCAUACCCUCAACUCCUACAAGCGUUAGUAAGAUACCAACCCUGAUACCAACCCUGUCGUCCAAGACUGGGUGCAUAGUUUGUAAGAAAGCCGCUCGUGCCAGCAGCAUUUACUGUAGUGAUGCGUGUAUCCUGAAACACGCACAGGACUCGCUGGGUAACCAGUCCCCAGCUAAAGCAGAUGGCGCGCAAAGCAAAGCUCAAGAUAAGAAAUCGGAAUCAAGGGUUAUUGUCUACGAGCGUAAAUCAGGAAGGUUAUUGGCUGGACCAAAUGCUCCAACAGCUGAAAAUUUAAAAGCGUGGCUUCAGAAAAAUCCGACAUUUGAAGUAGUGCGUCCAGGUACACUGAGCACUAUUAAGCCUAAUGUAAAUAAAAGGAAAUCUUUGACAGAAUCACAUAAGAUACAAACAACACUCAACUUUGAAAGGAUUCCUAAGAAAUCAGAUCAGCAGACACCUGCUAAGAUUCACCAAUCAGAAGUAAGGGACAAAACGCCGAAAGUUCUCCAAUCACCUAAAGAAGAAAAAUCAUUGAAAAUAACACCUUCACCAAGAGAAGAUAGGCUGUCUAAAAUACUGUUGUCCCCAAAGGAAGAAAUGAAAGUUAUGGCUAAAACACCAGUCACUCCUAAAUCGCAACCUCUGCAGCUCAUAGACACCCCAAAAGCAAGUACAUCUUUUGCUAAAACAUCAAGUGAACCGCGAAAAUUAGUUCGAACAAGUAGCAGAUCACAGUCCACUUAUGAUAAAGCUCCUGUAGUCUCGCCAUCAACCUCGCGCAGGAAAGACGCUCAUUCUAAUAAGAAAAUGGAAUCCACUGAACCAAUUCGAGAAAAUGUGAGAAAAGCACUCCAAGAACAAAUGACGUCACGAAUGGCGGAACAUGACGGACCCAAGUUUUCUGAAGAAGAAAUACAGCAGUUCGUCUACGAUACGGAGGACGAAUUAUAUGAGUUGUUUAGCCGUGACGUGGGGAUGAAGUACAAGGCCAAAUAUAGAUCAUUGAUGUUCAAUAUCAAGGACCGCAAAAAUCUUUCUCUCUGGCAAAAAAUCUGCGAUCGUAGCAUUACUCCUAAACAAUUGGUGCGACUCUCACCAGAAGAAUUGGCAAGUCAAGAAUUGGCUGAAUGGAGAGAUCAAGAAGCUAAACAUCAAUUAGAAUUGAUAAAAAAAUCGGAAAUUGACCUUUUGGCCGCAAGUAAAACAUAUGUCCUGAAAACACACAAAGGAGAGGAGGUUAUGGAAACCAAAGAAUCUGUUUCAACAGAAUUAGAUCCGAAUGUACCAGUAGAAGAUUUAGUUACAGCUCUAAAUGAUCAAACUGUAGGUGAUGUCCCCCCUCCUGAAGAUAUUGUGCUUGGAAUCCCAUCAGUUGAAAAGGAAAGUACUGAUAAGAAACGCAGUAGUAAAAAACGAGGCCGAGAAUAUGGGGGCUCCGGUCACAAAAAGAGCAAAAAAGAAUCGAAACGAAGUUCUGAAAGACGAAAAUCAAAAUCUUCGCGAAGAGAUUCUGAAAAAGAAAAGGAGCCGAGAGAUGAUAAAUCAACACGUAGGUCACGUAGAAGGUCGAGCAGAACAAAGUCCGUUUCAAAUAAAGAUGCGCUCAGUUCCGAACCCAAAGAGAUAUCAGAUUCGGCCGAUCGCUCCAGACAAAGAUCGAGAUCGAGAACGAAAAUCAAGAAGAGGUCCAAGUCGCGCGAGUUUUCCAGAUCGGCGUCGAAAGGGCGCUCGCGCUCGCGCUCCCGCGACAGCUACCGCACGCGCAGCUCGCGCUCCAAACAUUCUAGCAGUACUGAAGACAAACUCAAACAUAGGUCUAGGUCGCAAGAUCUUGUCUCUAGCAAGAAUAAGAACGAUUCAACUGAUUCUGAUUCAAUAGAAAGGCCAAAAUCAGCAAUGUUAAAAGAGGCCCAUCCUGAGUACGAUCCUCAUGAACCAAUGAUUACAUCAGCAUUUUCAGAAGAAGAUUUGAGGAAGUCUAGGGAGGAUGUAUAUGAGGAUAGCUAUAAAAAUGACAUUGAUGAUUAUGGAAAUACAGAUUACGACUCGGGAAAAGCAUUUUCUUUGAAUACAAACAUAGUCAUCCCUACGUCUUCAUCAGCUAAGCCAGAUAGAAUAUCAGUAGAAGCAGAGAGUGACCAAGAACCCAGCAGUACAGUGGAACAUUCCUCUGCUAUUAUAUGGAAUGGAUGCAUCAACAUGGUUGAUGUAGCGCGGUUCUAUGUAGCCGCUCACGAGGUCUCUGGAAUUGCUGCUGAUUUGGAAGAUGAUUUAAGUACAGAAUUAGAUAUUGUUGGUAGAAUAAAUCCCGACACAGUGUGGGACUACAUAGGCAAGAUGAAGAGAGCUAGUAACAAAGAUAUUGUCAUAUUGAAGUUGCAAGCGGCUAAUGAUGAGGAGAAAAUGCAAUACAUAGCAUUGUAUAGCUAUCUUAGUAGUCGAAAUAGAUUGGGUGUGGUGAAAGUGUCCAAUACAACAUCAGUUAAAGAUUUUUAUAUAGUUCCCGUUCCGGCAAAUACUACUUUACCGCCUGUACUAUUACCUCUAGACGGACCAGGUCUUGGAGAAGUUAAAACCCAUCUUCUGAUUGCAAUAGUUAUUCGGCAGAGGAAAAAGCGACUGGCUCCUCACAUUCCAAAAGAAAUUAUUCCAGCAAAGGUUGCGCGUGAGUCACGCAAGCGUUCGUACACCCCGCCUGUGGUGGGCAAGAGUUCCUAUACUCCGCCUACAUCACCGAAGAGACGACCUUUGCCACUUCCUACUUACACUUCGCCAGCGCUCUCUACUUCCGUAAAGGACAAAAUUGCCGCCUCGUUAGCAUGUGCAGACGACGAAGAAGCCUACAGUCCGGGAUCUUCAAGCAGCGGAGGCAGCGCGCCGCUCGCGACGCCUGCCAACCCUCCCAGCAACACGCUGCGGUGCAAGAUGGAGGAGUUGAACAGACAAAUUGAGGAGCAGAAACAACAGAUUAUGAAAAUGGCACAAGCCGACUCAUCGGUUGGAGAGGAUGAAGCUUACUCCCCAUCGCGACCAAUGACUCCACCGGCGGUGAAUCCACUUGCUGACAUAUCUCUUCCAUCUAAUUUGCAAGAGAUUCUUGCCACCAUCAAGCAGAGGUCAGAGAAUACGUCUGCUGAUGUAGAUAUGCGUACCAUGCCGUUGCCCCCGUGAAAAUUUAAAUAAGCUAAUAGAACAAUUUUUAUGUUCAUCAUGCACAAGUUUAUUUUAUUGUGCAGGUUAUAUUGUUGUGUAGAAAAGUACCUUCUCCUUGCAAGCAUUUUAACGGUCUGAACUAGUUUUUUAAGGCUAUUUACACCUAGCGAACGAAUACUCUUCUACCCCCACCUGUCCAACCAAUGGCUGGCCAUAGACUGAGGCCAAUAGAACAAGCAUUUGCUCGCUUAGUGUAAUGGCACCUUUUAGUAAGUGAAUUAGAAUAUAUUUUUUACUUUGUGUAUUUUUCAUUUAUAGGCUAUGGUUAUUAUAUAAUGCAUUACAUAUAUGAGAAAUAAAUCCAACAUUUUACUGUGACAUAGAAUUAUGCAAGGCAUAACAUUAUGGAUGCUAGUUAUUAGGUGACGUGCAAUAGUUCGAUGUUGGAAUAUAUAGAUCUUCACAGAUUGUGCAGUAUAUUUCAAAACAUAAAUUUACAUGAUUAGGGUAGAAUGUCAGUUUGUAUAUAGUUAUAAAGUUUGAAAUCAUUUAAUGCACUGUACAAAGAUAACAUUUAGUUAACAUACUUAAUUAUAGUAUUACUUAAAUUAACAUGUUUUUCUCAAGUGGAGUAUAAACAAAUUGAAUGGACGAGUGAAAAUAUAUGUGGAAUAUGAUGAAAUAAAGACAUGUUUAACUGA